GAAUUUUUCUGCUGGGAACGUACGGAACGGCAAAGCUACACAUUCCACACGGUAAUCCCGCGAUAAGCAUUGCCGCUUGGCCUGUCGCGCUCAAGGCGACGCGAACUGGCGGCGCCGACCCGCUCGUAGCCGACGUGAUCCUGGCUCGAAAAUUUCGAUCAUGCUACUGUCACGGUUCAACUUCUGCAUCUUGCGCGGCAAAACGACUCUGUUGCCCGCCAAGUGGACCGACGAUGAAAAUUUGGACGGUCGACUGGCUUUCCAGAGCGUGGAGUACGCCGACGGCUAACAUGAUGGCUCAUGGAGUAUUGCGCGAUGACUCCACUUUCUCUGGUGGUGGGUAACCGUGGUUUUGAUUGAAAUAUCGUUUUCGUCCCUGGUUCUUGCGCACUCGAUAUCUAUACAUCACAGCUUCGUCGUUGUUGUUCUUACUUUGAACUCCAAGCCCCACCCCAGGGUCCCUCGCCAAUACCACCACCAAUAUGGCAUCCGCCUCUGAGGAGAUCACGCCCAAGAUGGACCAGCGGUCGGACAAGUCGGUCCCGCACUCUUCGAGCGACGUCGAGAAGCAGGCCGCACCCCCCAAGGAUGAGCUCCAGCGCAAGCUUUCAUCCCGACACUUGCAGUUCGUCGCCAUCGGUGGUACUGUAGGAACUGGAGUUUUCAUUGCUAGCGGAGGUUCCAUCGCUACUGCUGGUCCCGCUGGUGCGCUCCUGGCUUACGUUUUCGUCGGUACUCUGGUCUACUCUGUCAUGCUCAGUUUGGCUGAGAUGGCUACCUAUUUACCCAUUUCUGGUGCCUUCACACAAUACGCUGCCCGCUUCGUCGACCCCUCGCUAGGUUUCUCCAUGGGCUGGAUCUACUGGUUUUCGUGGUCAAUCACCUACGCACUCGAACUUACGGCCGCUGGACUUAUUAUCCAAUGGUGGGACUCAGAUCUCAGCAUCGGUAUCUUCAUCACCAUUUUCUGGGUACCGAUCACCGCCGUCAACUUCUUGCCCGUUGAUAUUUUCGGUGAAUUCGAAUUCUGGUUUGCUCUCAUCAAGGUCGUCGCCCUUGUCGGUUUCUGGAUCUACGCCAUCUGCAUGAACGCUGGUGUCGGCGCACAAGGCUACAUUGGCUUCCAGUACUGGAACUCUCCCGGUGCUUUCGCUCCAUACCUUGCCGAGGGCCCUGUUGCCAAGUUCGUCGGUUUCUGGGCUGUUCUCAUCCAGGCUGGUUUCGCAUACCAGGGUACUGAGCUCUGCGCUAUUGGUGCCGGAGAAUCCGCCAACCCCCGUGUUACCAUGCCUUCGGCUAUUCGCAAGACCUUCUGGAGCAUUUUCACACUUUUCGUCUUCACCAUCUUCUUCGUCGGCAUUCUGGUGCCAUACGACAACGAGGCUCUUCAGAUUGGUGACACAAACGCUGGCUCAUCGCCCAUGGUUAUCGCUUUCCAACUCGCUGGAGUCUCCGCUCUUCCUGAUAUCUUCAACGCCGUCUUGCUUACCGUCGUUCUCUCAGCCGCCAGCUCCAACGUCUACUCAGGCAGCCGUAUCCUUGUCGGUCUUGCUGAGGAGAAGUGUGCCCCUGCGUUCCUCAAGGCUACCAGCAAGCGAGGUGUUCCAUACUGGGCCACCGCAGUCACCGCCGCCAUGGGUCUGCUUGCCUACAUGAACCUUAGCGCCAACGGAGGAGAAGCUUUCAACUGGCUCCUCAACAUCGUUUCAGUCGCAGGAUUCAUCGCCUGGACCUGUGUACUGAUCUGCCACAUCAGCUUCAUGCGCGCGCUCAAGGCUCAGAACAUCGACCGUGACACCCUCCCAUUCAAGUCAUGGGGUGGCCGCCCGCUCGCCAUCUACGGUGUCACUUUCUGCGCCAUCAUCACCAUCACCCAAGGUUUUACCGCAUUCGUCCCAUGGAGCGUCGAAGACUUCUUCAUCGCAUACAUCAGUCUGAUCCUCUUCGCCGUACUUUACAUUGGACACAAGCUCAUCACCAGGAGCAAGUUCAUCAACCCCGCGGAAGCCGAUCUCCUGACUGGAAAGUUCGAGGAUGAAGUCAGCGAGACCUGGGAAGAAUCUUCCGCGAGCGGAUGGAAGAAGAUGAUCAACAAGUUCUUGUAAAUGUUGCUUAAUGGCAACAAAAAGUGUUUUGGAUUCGAUCCGAUGGCAUAGCGUAGCGUUUGGGGCAUAGCAUUUGCACGGCGUUUUUAUUUCUAGCGUUCAGGCUGCUGCAGAUACCAGUGUUAAUGUUUACUCUUCAUACUUCAAGUCUCUCUGAUCCGCACAUGAUUAACUUGUGAAAUGCUCAUCAUAUUUUGCUGA